CGUGCUGCUGAACGAAACUUUUCCCCCUCCCGCCUUGAGCGCCAGCGGCACCGUGGAUCUGGACGGACGAACCCAGCGGCGGAGGGAGCUUUUGUUUCCUCGCCACACCAGCAGCGGCAGCUGUACUGAGGAAUAACUUGAAGUCGGGAGAGAAGGAGAAAAAAAAGGGGGGAUCGCAGAGGAAUUUCACUCCCGCAAUCUAUCCUCCCCCCUCCCCUUUUUUCUCCUCUUCCCCGUGCCUCCUCUGAAUAUAUAUAUUUUUUCCGGGGGAUCCACGAUGGGGAAAGAGCAGGAACUUCUGGAAGCGGCGCGGACGGGAAACCUGGCCGCAGUGGAGAAGCUUUUAUCCGGGAAGCGACAGUCCGCCGGCACGGGCGGCGGGUCGUCUGGGAUCGGUGGAAGCGGCAACAGCGGCGGGCACGGCGCCUCCUCUCAUCCGCUCUCCAGUCUGCUCAGCAUCUGGAGAGGCCCCAAUGUGAAUUGUGUGGACAGCACUGGAUACUCCCCUCUCCACCACGCCGCCCUUAAUGGACACAGCGAGGUGGUGGAGGCGCUGCUACGAAACGAGGCCUUGACCAACAUCGCCGACAACAAGGGCUGCUAUCCUCUCCACCUGGCUGCGUGGAAGGGAGACGAACAUAUUGUCAAACUGCUCAUCCACCAAGGACCUUCACACCCCAAACUCAACGAGCAGAGCUCUGUAGACCAUAAAGAGUUCAAACGCUGUGGGCCCUUUGACCCAUAUAUUAAUGCCAAGAACAAUGACAACGAGACGCCACUACACUGUGCCGCCCAGUACGGCCACACCGGGGUGGUGCGGCUGCUGCUGGAGGAGCUGACAGACCCCACCAUGAGGAACAACAAGUUCGAGACUCCGCUCGACCUGGCCGCCCUUUACGGCCGCCUGGAGGUUGUCAAGCUGCUGCUCACUGCCCACCCCAACCUGCUGAGCUGCAACACCAAGAAACACACGCCGCUGCAUCUGGCCUCUCGCAACGGGCACCUGUCUGUGGUGGAGGUGCUGCUGGACGCCGGCAUGGACAUCAACUACGAGACGGAGAAGGGCAGUGCCCUCCAUGAAGCAGCCUUGUUUGGAAAGGCGGACGUAGUGCAGAAACUUCUCAGUGCAGGUAUCGAUGUGAACAUUGUCGACCAGAAGGGCCUGACGGCGCUGGACACUGUCAAGGACAUGCCCUCCCAGAAGAGCAGAGAGAUAGCUGCUCUCAUCUUAGGACACAUGACUGGAAAACCCCCUGACAUCGACCUUCCCCCUCCACCAGUCCCACCGCCUCAGGAGAGUCCAAGUCCAAGGAAAAAGGGUGAUCUGGAGAAGGUGAGCGAGCUGAUCUCAGGGCUGGCCCCGGGGCCCGAGGAGGAGAGCCCAUACGAGGCUCUGUUCGAAGCCACCUCCUGCCACUCUCUGGACAGCCUCACCAGCGGCAAAUCCUCUGACAGGGACUCCGGAAGGCCCGAUAGUGAGGCUGGCAAGAAAGAUCGCCCGGUCCACUCGUCACAUCCUGGGCCUGGUCAUGAAGAAGAGGCCCUGUAUACCAACAGCAGUAUCAACGAGAGAUGCGAACGGGUGGAGGAGGAGGAUCACACGUAUGAGUUGUUGCUGACUGCACAGACCAAAGUCCCACCGCCCAGCCAAGAGUCCCCGUCACAUAAAGAUGAGAACACCGCUACACAGUCUUCCAAUAGUGUCCUACCUCAGCGUAAACCCUCUGCCCUGAACGACCUCAGAGCCCCGACCAAGGCGAAAGACAGCCUGCACCCUCCUGGACGGGCGGGCCCACGAGCACCAGGAGAUAACUCCCAGCUCAGUCAGGAUCAGGGAGCAGGUGUCCCGGAGCAGUUCACCGGCCUCCUUCACGGAUCCUCCCCGGUCUUCGACUGCCGCGAGGAGCCCUUCAGGCUUCCAGGUGUUCAGCCAUCCGGCCAGGGCCCUCCAGAAUCAAGAAAGCCCAAAACCAAAGUUAAGCAGGAGGUCGCAGCAGCAGCAGCAGCAUCGCCACCUAGCCGUCCCAGCAUGGCUGCCAUCCUGACAGACUGUGAUCCAAAAGCAAUUUACGCAACUGUGAACAAGGAGCCAAGGGACUUGGGGGCUGGGGCAGUGUCUGGUGUUAGGAUGAGGCCUCCCGGGGACCUAAAGCUGGCACGCAGCCUCUCCAAGUCGGACUCUGACUUGCUCGUGUCGCCUCCUAGUGAGGAGGAGGGAGGAUUGGGAAACCGUAGCGAGUCUGUUUCUAACUGUAGCACUGGCAAGAAGAGGCUCGAGAAGUCUCCAUCUUUCACCUCAGAAUGGGACGAGAUCGAGAAGAUCAUGACGCUGAUCGGCGCCGGCAUCGAUUUUUCCAGGGAUCAGCAAUACGCCACACCAGCAGGUGCCGCCAGCCGGCUGCUGGACCAGCCUGUGGGGGACUGGCUAGAGCACGUGGGGCUGCCGCAGUACGAGAGUAAACUUCUCCUGAACGGCUUCGACGACCUGCAUUACAUGGGGAGCAAUGUAAUGGAGGAUCAGGACCUGAGAGAGAUCGGCAUCACAGACCCGAGCCACAGAAAGAAGAUCCUGCAUGCAGCGAGAUCGUUACCCAAGGUGAAGGCGCUGGGCUGUGACGGCAGCAGCUCCCUGUCCUCUUGGCUGGAGAAUCUGGGCCUGCACGAGUACCUGCACAACUUCCUGGCCAGCGGCUACCGCUCUCUAGACUGUGUCAAAAACCUGUGGGAACUGGAGAUUGUCAACGUGCUGAAGAUCUCCCUGCUCGGUCACAGGAAACGCAUCAUUGCUUCCUUAGCAGAGAGGCCCUAUGAGGAGCCUCCAGUCAAGCCUCCUCGUUUGUCUCAGAUCAGGUGCCAAGACCUGCCUGGAUCCCAGACCUCGUCCCCCCUCAGUCAGAUGGAAUCCUACACAGGACGCUCAAUGGACCCUCUGCUGCCCGUUGGCGAGCCAGGGAGGAAAAAAGUGCCAGACGCCGAGUAUGACGUUACCCAAAGAUAUCGGAGUGAACGACACAGAUCACACGAUUUAUACCAAGAUCGGCAUCGAGAGCCCCGUCUGACCCUGCGGCCGCCUAGUCUGGCAGCACCGUACGCCCCGGUCCAGAACUGGCAUCAUCAGCCUGAGAAACUCAUCUUUGAAUCCUGCGCCUAUGAAGCCAGUUAUCUUGGAUCCAUGCUUAUUAAGGAUCUACGGGGUACCGAAUCCACGCAGGAUGCCUGUGCCAAAAUGCGGAGGUCGACAGAACAAAUGCGAAAAGUCCCCACCAUCGUCCUCUCGAUCACCUACAAGGGUGUGAAGUUCAUCGAUGCGGCCAAUAAGAACAUCAUCGCGGAGCACGAGAUCCGUAACAUCUCGUGUGCAGCCCAGGACCCGGAGGACCUGUGCACGUUUGCCUACAUCACCAAGGACCUGCAGACCAGCCACCACUACUGCCACGUGUUCAGCACAGUAGACGUGAACCUGACCUAUGAGAUUAUCCUGACGCUCGGCCAGGCGUUCGAGGUAGCCUAUCAGCUGGCUCUGCAGGCCCAGAGGACCAAACAGCACCAGAAUCUCCCAGCAGGACCCGGUUCAGAGGUCAUCGAGACCAAGUCCAGCCGACCUGUACCCAAACCACGUGGCAGUGUACGCAAGUCAGCGGGGGAUCUUGUGGAACAGGAGGGGGACUCUCAGUCCCAGAGCAGCGCCACGUGGCUCGUGGACCCCAAGGAAUCCAAGCGCACUAUCAGCACUAAGUAUGAGACCACCAUAUUCUGAUUUGGAACCCCUCUUCCUCCUGAACCUCUGACCUCUGGGCCUGGUCUCACUCCCUCCUUCCUUCCCCUUCCUUCUGUGUGCCUUUCACUGUGACUCUUGCCCCUCUGGGCCGGACCCCUGCCUCCCCCUCCGUCACCCCCUUCUCCAGCCACCGCCUGUGUCCUCCAUCUGAAAGCAUCACAACCUGCGACCACAAGUCCUCCACUUCUCCGCGCUUUAGUCAUUAUUAGUGCAGCCCUUUCACUUCAUAAGCCCCCUUCCAGCUGGUAUGACUCGCCUUCACUCUUAUUCCUCUCUGUUUACCUUGUAUGCUUCCCGAACCCUGUGUGCAACACUUCCCUUCUUCCCCCCACCCCGUCAACAUCCCACUAUUGACUCUCGGUGAUAAGCUGUUUUUUUUCUUUUCUUGGUGCUUUUCCCGCUCUGUUAGGCGACGGCCACUCUGAGGCUUUUUUUUCCGCUCUGAUCUUUCGACUCCCGACUUCUCCGAGCGCUGAGAAAAAUCUGACUCGCCGAGAGCCAAGGGCGACCUCUCUGCACACAUCCUGUACCUGGAUGGACGUGUUUCCGAGGAAACCGAGAGACUGCUUCUUGUAAUCCCGCGCUCGACUUUGAGACUCGGAGGUCGUGGUUGUUAGGGGGGGAUAUUUUUCACUGUCAGCAGUCUGUUCAAAGCCAAAGGAGGCUAACAUCCUAGCACUGUGAUAAGGUCCUUUUUUGGAGCUAAUGAAGUAAGCAUUUCUGGGGAUUUUCUAGUAGGGGUAGGGGGAACAGGAUAGGGCUAAUAGGCUCAUAUGGACCCACGUGAAAAUAGACAGUCCAAGCCUUCUUAAGACUGACACGCCCUCCUCUGUCUGUCAAUCAGAGCGGCGGGAUUAAAACCUGAUGCGUUCCAGAGUGAAAUAACUAUAACUAAGCACUUUUUACCAAAUCUCCCAAGUGUGUCAGAAUAAAUGUCCUCUGUCCUGUCUUCGUCUUCUUCUUCUUCUUCUUCUUUUUUUCUCACAACAAAUGCCUUUUCAACCUGUCAGCAUUGCCUUUUGUUUUGCCAAUCACGGCAGGUUAAUGUUUCACGUUUGCCAGUGAAAAGAGUUAAUCAUUGUAAGGAGUGAAUCUAUCACCAUUGCACUUGUUGUUUUGACUUUAUUUUAACUUCGCUGUUUUGUGUGUGCCUGUGUGUGUGUUUGUCUGUGUGUCCCCCCCCCCUUCCCCCUGUAGCUGAACACUGUGGCCUCUCCCAGCCAGUAAGAACGGACAGGAACGAGCCCUGUUGCUCGGUGUCUAGGAUGUUUUUGUUGAGGGGGGGGCAGUGAAAAAAAAAAGCGACCCAGUUCCCAUACAGCGAGAUCACGACACCAGACUGAUCUUGCCCCGCCCGAAGGCGUACGCCGCGCUGUCCAUCGGCUUCAUCUGACCUCGACCCUUCAUCAGAAACAUCUAAAUUCCUGUCCGUCAGAAAGCGAUGUCCUGCUCAGGUGCGUCUGUAAUGAUUCAUGCAUUUCCUGAGAAAAGAACGGUAUGCCUCCCCCCCACUCAUAAAGAGUUACUCUCUCAGGAAAUGUGCUUGGACCGCUUCAACGCAGAAGUGGUUGUUAAAGAGGAAGUGGCUGAGCUAGGGAACAUCUCUUUGUUUUGUUAUGAUACUAAGGUACAUCACAUCAGACAGAGACCUCACACUGUAGGUACACACUCCUUACCUGGAUUACUCGUCCUGUGGCGUCUCUCCGUGACCUUCCACAACAUACUGUACAUGUAGAACUGUGAUAACUGAUGAUGUAAUCUUGCACGGGAGGAAUUCUCUAACCAAACUCAAAAGGGCAGAGAACUGACACUACAAAAACUGUUUUGUAAUAAUAAUAAUAAUUAUGAUGAUAAUAAUAUAACAGGGGGUGGCUUUUAUUAGAUUUUUUGUAUGUUUUAAUUGUUUUAUCGGGCAGUUCCGUGUCCGAAUGCUGGAACUGGAUCAGGUGUGGUUCACUGCAGUUGUCUCUCUCCCUCCCUGCCUCCUUUUGUUCAGUUAAUCUAGGCAAGUUUAUUCACCGAACCUGCACAGCAUGUUUUCUCCAAGCUAACUCCCGGUAUGUCGACUGUUAAUGGUACGUGUUGGUCAGCCGAUGUGUAUAUGGGUUACAUAGUCAGGUGGUUUUGAUUUAACUGUUGUCUGUGUGGUACGUUGUCAGGCCAGUACGAUAAUAACUCGACGGUACACUGUCUUCAGCGCGCUGGUGUCGGCACCCUCAGCCAUCAGCCUGGUCCCGUUCUGCUUUUGCACAUUGCUAAAAGGAUCAGGGGAGAUAUUUCGGGACAAAUCUGAUGACAACAAUGAUGAGAAUGAUAUUGUACAUGAUUCUAGCGGUCUGUAUUUUGAUACUUGAAUGAUUUUUGCUUUUAUAGAUAUCUAUAAAUAUAUAUAUGUAUAUGUAUGUAUGUACGUAUGUAAUUUUUUUGACGUUUGUCAAAAGAGAGAAAAGGACUAUGUCUUAUAAAGUUAAACAUAUCGUGAAUAAAUACCCUGUGAUUUAAGAAAAAAAAAAAAGGCUGAGAAAACAAUGACUCAGAAGAGGGACCUCACUUCAGAAAAAAAAAAAAAAGAUUGUAAAUAAUCUUGGGCUUCCAGUCUUUUUUAUGAUUAUUUUUCAUAAUUGUACAACUAAUAAAUGGCGCGAUUAGAAAACA